AUGAAAUUUUCAACAGAAUCAUGACUUGUGAGACAGCCAAAGAGGCUUAGGACAAGCUGAAAGUGGAGUUCCAAGGUGAUAACAAGGCAAGACAAAUGGAGGUUCUCAAUCUGAAAAAAGAGUUCGCGCUCAUUAGAAUGAAGGAUACAGAGACGGUGAAGGAGUUCUCUGACCGACUGACGAAGGUGGUGAACAAGAUAAGAUUGCAAGGGGAAGAAUUGUCUGAUAAGGUAGUAGUUGAGAAGGUUUUGGUGAGUCUACUGGAGAAAUUUGAGCAUAAGAUCUCAUCCUUGGAGGAUUCCAAAGAUCUGUCUCAAUUCUCCUUGAAUGAAUUAGUCAAUGCUUUGCAAGCCGUGGAGCAAAGAAAGGCUUUGAGGCUUGAAAACAAUGUUGAAGGAGCAUAUUUGGCAACUGACAAAGAAAAAGCAGUAGCCAAAGAUGAUGAAAACAAGCAACUCGGUGAUCAAAGAAAUCGAGAAAAGGAAGGGUAUCAAAACAACAAAAAGGAGAGCUAUGCAUCUUGCUCUCAUUGCAAAAAGAAAGGCCAUUCCGAGAAAUAUUGUUGGUUUAGGCCUGGAGUUCAAUGCAGAAAGUGCAAGCAAUUUGGACAUGUUGAAAGGGUCUGCAAAGAAGGUUCAGAUCGGGUUCAGCAAGCCAAAAUUGCAGAAAUUGUUGAAGAGGAAGAGCAUCUGUUUAUGGCUAUAAAGAUUGGAGAUUGCAGUGCAUCCAUCUUAAGUAGCGACUCUUGGUUGAUUGAUAAUGGUUGUUCAAACCACAUGACCCCAAAUGUAGCCAUAUUCAAAAGCCUUGACAGAAAAUACAAUUCAAAAGUCAAACUAGGAAAUGGAGAGUUGAUGGAGGUUAAAGGCAAGGGAGUAGCUACUGUUGAAACACAAACAGGUAUCAAAUACAUUCAUGAUGUACUGUUUGUGCCUAAUAUUAACUAUAGCUUGAUAAGUGUGGGUCAAUUGAUUGAACAUGGUUAUGUCCUUCAUUUUCAUGACAAAAUAUGUGAAGUAGAAGAUGAAUCUGGUUCAAAAAUGUUUACUGUUAGAAUGAAUGAAAGGAGUUUUCCUAUUCAAUGGAAACAAAUUGAAAUUAGUCCAAAGGCUAGUGUUGUUGAUGUGAGCAAAAGCGAGGAAUUUGAUGAAAGUGCAACUUGGAACUGGGAAAGUUCGAAAAUUGUUGCUGCAGAUCAGGUUCUUGUAGCAAAUGAUGAACCAAUAUUUGAUUUUGGGAAUGAUGAAUUUGAGCAGGAGAAUGAUGAUGAAUCUUAUGAUGUUUUUGCUAUUAGAGGGACCAGAACACAAGUUGACAUCUAUGAAAGGUGUAACAUGGUCAUUGAAGAACUUGCAAAUUAUUUAGAAGCUACAAGAUCAAAGGUCGGGAGAAUUACAAUGCAGGAGGAGUUUGCUAUGAAGAGUUGCAAAGCUGUUAAUAAUUCACUGUACCAUGUGUUGUUGAUAAUUGCAGAUGGGCAGGUAACUAGAAGUGUUGAUACUGAGCGUGGAUGGCUGAGUCUGCAAGAGCAAAAGACUGUUGAUGCCAUUGUACAAGCUAGCAAGCUUCCUUUGUCAAUUGUAUUGGUCGGGGUUGGAGAUGGGCCUUGGGACAUGAUGAAGGAGUUUGAUGAUAAUAUCCCUUCUCGAGCAUUUGAUAAUUUCCAGUUUGUGAACUUCACAGAGAUUAUGUUAAAGAAUACUUCUCAAACACAGAAAGAGACAGAAUUUGCUUUAGCUGCAUUAAUGAAGAUUCCCUCACAGUAUAAGGCCACUAUAGAGCUUAAUAUUCUAGGCAAUCAGAUGGGAAAUAUUCCCGAGAGUGUCCCCCUUCCUCCUCUUGUAUCCCGCGCUUCUGCAUAUGAUGUUCAAGUAUAAGGCAUUCGAAAUGAUGUUCCAAGUCUUCUGAUCACAACAACAGGAUUAAUUAUACUGAACUAGAACCUCUUGGAACAAAAAUAGUAUGGGGAUCCAAGUCUUCUUGAGUUUUUUGUCUUUACUUGCAGUUUAAAUUACUUUUGAAACUCCUUGUUUUAGUAGCUAUUAUUUCAGAAUGCUUCUCAAGUAAACUAGUAACAAGAGACUAAGAUUAUAUGUUGUUCUUGACAGCGUUGCCCCAUUUGUUUUUCCCACCCAAGGGACAUGGCAUUUGGUUGUGGGCAUCAGGUAUUCCUUGAAUGCAUUUGCAAGUUUCUGCAAUAAAGUAAAAAGAAUACA